GUUACUAGUGGUGGUUGUACGUGAAGUCGUCUGUGUACAUUUGUAAACUGCUGUGCAGUCGCUACUUUUCCCAUUUAUACAGCAUCGAUAAACAUGAAAUUGUUGACACACAACAUGUUGAUGUCUCAUGUGAAGGGAGUUGUCAAAGGAUACCCGCUUCUUAUCAAGGCCACUGAGGUUAAGGUGAAUGAGGUUGAAUUCAACCCUCAGUUUGUCAGUCGGAUGAUUCCCAAACUGGAGUGGAGUGCACUGGUACAGGCUGCAGAGGGGUUGGGUCAUCGGCAGGACCUCCCCACCGAGCUGGUUCAAGAUUAUGACAAAAAUGAAGAGUUUCUGAAGAAAGUGCACAGAGUGUUAUUAGAGGUGGAGGUGAUAGAGGGAUGUCUGCAGUGUCCUGAAUCAGGGCGUGAGUUCCCCAUCACCAGAGGGAUUCCCAACAUGCUGCUGAAUGAAGAUGAGGUUUAAACGACAGCAGCGCCUGUGGUUCUGACACAACCUCACCCAAGACUAUCACUCAAGUGGGACUGUGAGACAUGGGAUGUUGGACUCUGGGUUGAGUAGAUGCCAUGACAAGAGUUGGUUGCAGUUGCAGUUUAUUAUUUCUUUGUUGUACUUUGGAGCAAAGAGAGUUGAAGAAUAAUUGAUGGAAUUGUUUCCUCGGUGGUACCGCCAGUGGUUUUAUCUGUAUUUAUUUUUGUAUUAAAAUAAAUAAAUCAAUAAAAGGUUUUGAUCUGAUUUGCAUG